UUAGUGCCAGCCAUAUAGCUUUGUCCCCAUCGUCUGGCAUACCUCCUACGUUCGUCCUCUUCCUCCCUCUCAUCUUCCUCCCUCUCCCUCCUCCGAAAGCGAGGAGAGCGACGACGAUCUCACUCUCUCUCCGCUCUCUCCCUCCUGCCCUUCGUCUUCCUCUCCGACCUCGCCAUGAGUUUCAUCACGGAGCGGGCUCUUGACGAACAGUUGUUGCAGCCACGUGGCCACAUCUCGGAAAUUCGGCAAGUUCGCCAUCCACGGCUUAGUACGGAUCUUCAGCGUCUGGCGCAGUUCUUCUGCGACGUGGGUGUGUGUGCCGCCGCCGCGUUUCGAUUCGAAGAAAGCUCACAGGCAAUGGUACUGGUGGAGGUAAUAGCAGUUGAUCGGCGAGCGGCUCCCGGAACGAGCCACGUCACCACGGUUGCGGCUUUCAGCGGCGACAUCAGUUCGCUCAAUCCACGGUGGCAUACCACGAUCUUGACCUCGCUGCGAGAGUGGACGGAGCAGGUGUCCAACGUGUGGCAUCACGGUCUUGCCCGGCCAGGGCACAACCUCAUCUCGACCUUUGCACCGGAUCUUGGCGAGAUUCGCCGUUCUCCGCGCGAGCCGCCGUCCGAUCUUCAUCCUUCUCUUUCCUUCUCGUUCGAGCCUCUUUCUGUCCCACUCAUUAAUCCUGGGCAUUGGCGACUGUGGCGAGAAACUUUUGACGAGUUGUCCUUCUACUUGGCCCGAGUACAGGUGACGUGGACGCAGGCCAGCGAGCAUCCUGCGUGGAUCAGAAAUUUGGAGUUGCUGAUCAUACAAGCUUGGAAGACCAACAUGGAGGGCGAUCUUCUCGGCUUUCUCUUUGGAUCGGUAUGGCCAGGCCGCCACCAGUUGAUUGUGCAGGAGCUCAUCGCGCCGAUCGUCCAAUUAGCGGACGAUCUCCCGCCCGAAAUCGUCUCACAGAGUGACGACAACCCUGCCCCGCACGUCCUCACGCGGUCGUUGGAUCCGUACCUUCAGUGGACUGCGUGCUUGGAGGAGCCCAGGGACGAAGAUACGCUACCAUCACGGCAGGAGUAUCUGAAGCCUUACGACAUCAUCCCUCACGCCUUCUAUCCGAAGGUGGAGGAAGUGGUGAUUGACGACGGCGAAGAAGACGACGACGAGGAAACAUCGGAGGAGGGAAGCUACUGCGAGUAUAGCGAGGGCGAGCUAAGUGAAGAAGAAGAAGAGGAGGAAGAAGAAACCGGAUCUGAGUGGGAAGCCCUGCCGGAGGAAGCAGCGCGUACUGGCACGGAGACGGAGCAGAUCCCCAUCCUCCUCCAGCCCCACCCGUCCCCCUGUUCGCCCACGUACCGAUGCGGGCGAUAGGCCUUCGUCCUCGGACGUUAUCCUGCCGUCCCCUUGAUUUUCUCACCCUCGAACAGAUCCGCACCCCCGU